CUCUUUUCCCAGCAUCCUUUGUUUACUUCCAGGUUUAGUAAUAGUGAAGGGAGAACGCCAGGCCAGAAAGGGGAGCUUGAGUACCUCCCAGAGUGAGACCCUGCGCCCCUCUCCCGCUCCCCGCAGGCCUUCGUCCCCGCCAUGGCUGAGCUAAUCCAGAAGAAGCUACAGGGAGAAGUGGAGAAAUAUCAGCAGUUACAGAAGGACUUGAGUAAAUCCAUGUCAGGGCGGCAGAAGCUUGAGGCGCAACUAACAGAAAAUAAUAUUGUGAAGGAGGAACUGGCCCUGCUAGAUGGGUCCAACGUGGUCUUUAAACUUCUGGGUCCUGUGCUGGUCAAACAGGAGCUGGGAGAGGCUCGAGCCACAGUGGGGAAGAGGCUGGACUAUAUCACAGCUGAAAUUAAGCGAUAUGAAUCGCAGCUCCGCGACCUCGAACGGCAGUCAGAGCAACAGAGGGAGACCCUGGCUCAGCUGCAGCAGGAGUUCCAGCGGGCCCAGGCAGCCAAGGCAGGGGCUUCUGGGAAGGCCUGACCCCGUGGUGGGGGGAAGGGGAGGGGAGGGAAUGAGGCAGCUCUAGGGUCUAUACUGUAGCUAAUAAAAUGUGAAAACACCUGGCUGUUUUCUGACCAGCCA